AUGGCGCAUGACGACGACAUCAACCGCCUUUUAGAUGAGUUUGAAACAGAAAACAACGAUGUUUACAGUUCUAGAUUGCAAAGGUUCCCGAGUGGAGAUACAACCAGUGCUGGAAUCGCAGAAUAUACCUAUCAUCGGGAUAUAUGCCAACAGCAUGGAAUAAAGAGAAAGGAUGAUGCUCUCGACGAUAUUCUGAAGGAGCUGGACACUAUUCAUCAACGGCCUUUGAAUUCGCGAAAGGAGAAUAACUCUUCCGGAAUGACAUCUGCACCAUCGAGUUCAGUAGGUAGUCAAUUAGCAAAAGCAAAAUCAAAAUGCUCACCUGUCUGCAUCGGUGGAACGAAUGAUGAACGAGGCCUUAGCAUAGGACAUCUUCUACGGUCAUGUAACAGACUGCGAUGCUUGCGAUGCGAUUGGAAAUGCAUUGCAUUUCCAGAUGCAGCUUGGAAAGAUGACAGUGAUUACUUGUUUUUUAGAAACCACAUGCCCAAUGUUAACAAAUUGCAAGACAAUCUCAUAAGAGUCAAUGGUGCGCUGAAUAUGUCCCUAAGCGGGCUGAUCGACAUGGCCGGAAAGAAAUUGCUCAAUGAUGCAGAACAGGUGGUUGACGAAGCACUUGAGGGACUCGUAGCAUCUCACCCCGGUCUUCACCUUAACAAGAAGCAUCGCCUACUCUACCGCCCUCCUAUAUCCACCAAUGUCUCUCUUCUCUCCGGUGGUGGUUCAGGGCAUGAACCCAGUCACAGUGGAUUCAUUUCCCCUGGGAUGCUGACCGGGACCGUAUCCGGCAGCAUAUUUGCCUCUCCUCCCGCAAGCGCUAUCCACGCUGGGAUCCGAACACUCUGCACUGAAAAGGGUGUCCUGUGCAUCGUCAAGAACUACACAGGCGACCGGAUACAGUUUGGAAAGGCGGUGGAGCGUGCCAGGCGGGAGGGUAUGAGAACUGAGAUGGUGGUUGUCGGUGAAGACUGUGCGAUUGGGCGGGACAGGGUGGGGAGAGCCGGAAGGAGGGGUUUGGCUGGGACUCUUUUUGUUCACAAGAUUGCCGGUGCAACUGCAAGACGCGGUGCAUCCCUUGAACAAGUCUACCAGCGCGCUCAGCACGUUGCUGACAACAUCGGGACUGUCGGUGUAGCUCUCACACCAUGCACCAUCCCUGGUGCUACGGAACCCGCUUUUCAGAUGGGAUCGAAUGAGAUGGAGUUUGGGUUAGGCAUUCAUGGUGAGGCCGGUAUUCAACGUGUGGCGAUCCUUUCUGCUCGCGACACAGCACGUAAAUGCCUCGACAUGAUUUUGUCGAGAGAGGCGGACCGAGGUUAUCUACCUGUGGAUGCCGGGGAACGCGUUGCCCUCUUGGUGAAUAAUUUAGGGGGAAUGACGGCUUUGGAGAUUCAUAUUCUUGUCCGCGACGCCCUCGCCUACCUCCAUUCCAAGUCCAUCUCGGUUCCGCGUGUCUAUUCUGGAACGCUCAUGACCUCCCUCGACAUGUCGGGUGUGUCUUUCACGUUAUUGCGCUUGGUCCCUGGAAGUGGAGUUCUGGAGGAUUUGGAUGAAGAGGUGGAGUGUGCCGCAUGGCCGAGGGUUUUUGGACGGUGGGAUAGUGGGGAGCCUCAUAUUGACGAGGAAGAGGAAGAGGAGGGUGAGACGGCAUGGAGGGUGCAAACUGAUAAAGGCCUCACCCUUCUCCGCAUCGUGCACACAAUAAGUGCCGACCUUAUAUCGUCCGCUUCCACACUCAACACCUACGACCGUGUCACUGGUGAUGGAGACUGCGGCACGACCGUCUCCAAUGGCGCACGAGCAAUUCUGGAAUGCAUUGGUGAGCCUGAUCAGUGGAAGAUCUCUGAUGUGGGCUUGCCCGCCGAUGAUCUUUCCAAAGCUGUGGCUCGGUUGAGUGCCAUCUUGGAACGGGCCAUGGGAGGUAGUUUUGGGGGAGUUGUUUGUCUAUUUUUGGAAGCCCUCUCUACCUCCCUCUCUGCCGGCACACCUGUCCACACUUCCCUCCAAACCGCAAACCGCACCCUCAUCAGUCAUCUCUCCACGGCACUUGGUGACAGAACACUUGUUGACGCACUCCAACCUUCCAUUGAAGUCUAUGCAGCGUCUGUUGAAGCCGGACAGAGCAUACCUGAGUCUGUGCGACGUGCUGCAGAGGCGGCGAAAAAAGGGAUGGAGGCGACUAGUGAGAUGAAUAUUGCAAGAGCGGGCAGGAGUGCAAAUGUGGGGAUCGGGUUGAAGGGGACGCCGGAUCCGGGAGCAUGGGCUAUUUGGAGGGUGUGGGAAUCUGUGAAGCAUGUUAUUAGUCAAUAG